UAUUAAUAAAUAAAAUUGGAAGAAAAAUAAAAAUUAUUAUUUGUCAAACUUUUUUAAUAUAUCUGAUGAUAUAAUAUUAUAAUUUUUAAGUAUACACAAACUAACGUGUGAAAUCACAUGAUAUUUGAUCUUACUACUAACAUAACUACGAUCGAUGUAAGCGACUUUACUAAAAACGUUUAACUGAUGAUCACUUGUUCAAACGUAGUAAGCUAAUUUUACCGUAUUUCUAUGGUAAUUUCUCAAUAAUUGCUCAUUUUACACAUAUAACUCUCCAUACUUAAUGAGCAAAUGUAUAAAAAUACUCAUUUCAUCAUGUCAGCUUAAUUCUAACUAUCUCAACACCACGCUUGUCAUAAUCACGCACGCAUUCUUUUUAAAUCAGAAGAUACAUUAUAAAAUAGUAUAUAAUUAUUGUUAUCAAAUAAUUUCUCUCGCGAAGGAACUAAAAGAUUAUGUCAGAAAUGCCAUGAUAAGAUGAAAGCGAUUCGCUAUUUGAACCUAACAAAAUCCCAUUAGCCAUUGUCACCAGAUUCGACCUUAUCAAAUAUAAUUGUAAUCUGUAAGAUUUACAAAAUUUGUCUUACAUAAUUAGCACAAAAAUUUUUUACUCUAACAGCUAUAGCACUAGAUCGUUAUCAUCUUUUAUGUAUAUAGCCUCUUAACAAUUUAGGCGGAAGUCCUGUUUAGGGUAUUUGGGGUCGUAAAACAAGCUAUCGCCAAUCUCAAUCAUCUCGAGG